GAUUUAUUUGAAUUUCCAUGAGCACACGUGGAUGAACUUUCCUUAUCUUUUAUAUGAUGCAUUAUAAUACUCAGUGACAGACUUAACUUUGCCCAGAUUUUUGCCUUCUAAGCAAAACUAAGUUAAAAAGCACACAACAACUCCGAAGGUUACGAUUUAUGUCAUGUACAAUUUCUGCGUGCUGCUGACCUCGCCUUUUCUAUUGACUUCCAUUCAGAAAAUUGCUUUCAAAAAUCAAAAUAAAAAUCAGGUAGUCUGAUGUAAUUUUCCCUCAGCCAUAGUUCUUUAUCUGUGACAGAGACAGUGUGGGGGGCAUGCCCAAUGAAAACAGUGCUGACUGAAAUCAUAUUAAAGAACUGAUUUUGGAUUACUUGUGCACAUAAACACACACAUAUUCCCCGUGAAGGUCUCUGCCAUUCCCAGCUAUGCAUCCAGAUAGCUGUAUUGCCAGCUGUGCUCUUAAGAAUUACUGCCUUUUGAUUCUGUGACCUUCUGCAUCACCGAAUAGCCCAGCUGCAAUCACAGAGGGAAAGACUCCCUCCACUCCCUGCUGUUGACUUCUUCAUGGUCUUCUCGUUCACUACCAAAUAGAGAAGGAAGAAUGACUAUUUUUUACCUCUGCUUUCAUAGCUUUGAAGAUUUAAAUUGUCUUGUAACUGUUUAUUUUUCAAACUAUGUUAUUUUUAUGCAAUUUAGCCUUAUGUGUUAUCACCCCUAGCACCUUCAAAAUACUCUGCUGCUCUUUUUUUUUUUUUUUUUCUUUUUUUUCUUUUUUUUUUUUUUUUCCCCUGAAUAUUUUAAGGUUUGGCAAUAGGACCAUGCAGAUUUCUUCAGGAAUGUAGUCCAAAAACCUGGAGCUGAUGGAUCAAUGGUCAUUACAUGUGUCUUUUCAUAUCUGCUCGGCUUUUCUUUUUGGUUUUAUUAUUCCAGCAAUUUCCUCUUUAAAUCAACAUGAACACUCAUUGGUGGGCAUUUAUUACUAUAGUUACUGAUACUACUCUGUUCAUUUUGACUAAAGAAAUGUGAAUAUUAAAAUAAUAGAUUUGGAUGAUAGCUUAUACUGAAUAUCACCUGACUUUUUAAAUUUUCUCAUGGUAAAACUGUAAAAUCAAGCUUGUAAAGGAAAGCCAGAUCAAUGGAAAUGAGAUUGAAAUGAGGCACGCAGAGUAUAUUUACUGUAGUGACAGUCAGUGAUGUAUAGCCUUGCAAAUCAGCUAGGCAAGUGCAGGUGAAAUGCAAUGUAAAUUUGGUACAGUUUCCAAUCACAUGGAAGGUAAAUUAAGCCAGAAGGAAAGAGAUCUUCCUUUGACACCAUGUGCUCAUUCCUCACAUUGUUUUCAUUUUAGAUAUUUAAAACAAGACAUUUAAAAUAUUGGGCCAUGUAUAUUCUGCAUAAUAAACCUUUACCAGAAAAUUUCCCACUUGCCAAAGAACGCAUCCAACAUUUAAUAAUUAUGGAUACAUUGCUAUAGCUCAAUUUCCAGUCUGUGUCUUUAUUUUUUUUUUUUUUUCUAGCUUGGGCAAAUAAAUCUGUUUAUAACAGGUCUGAGUAAUGAUUAACACAUACAGAGUCCUUGUAAUAAAGCUGUAGUCUGCAUUCUUUUCAGAUUUGUGACCAGUAACUGGAGCUAUUAUAUCUACAGUAAAUGGACUGUUACUGAAGAACAGUGAGUCUUAAAAAGGUGGCUAGAGGCAGAAGAAUGUGGCUCAAAAGUCAGAUCUUGCUCUUAUAUUGCAUUGCAAGUGAAGUUUGGACGGCAAAGCGGCUUGAUGCUAGAAGAAAUUUGACCAAGGAACUUUAUUCUCUUGAAGACAGUGGUUCUGCAAAGUGGAACAGGCUGAAAAGGAGUCUAUAUCAGGGCAAGUCCUGCAGGAUACGAGGCUGCUGCACAGGAAGGAAUGAUGACUGCAGCUUUAACAUUGCUUCCAGAGCAGCUAUAUGUUACUGUGACCAGUUCUGUGCCUCAGGUCCUCCUGGCCCCAUAGACUGCUGCGCUGACUACUGGGAUACUUGUGAGAACACCGUUGAGCCCACCAGGUCUGAUGAGCCUUGGCCACCUUCAGCAUCAGGUUGUUAUAAAGAUGGCCGAUAUUACGGAGAAGGAGCAAUAAUUAAAGACAACUGCAAUUCCUGCAAAUGCAUCCAAAGUAACUGGAAGUGUUCAAAUGAAGUAUGCCUUGUUCGCCCAGACUUGAUUCACCGCAUCAAUUCUGGAGAUUACGGAUGGAAAGCUGACAACUAUACUCAGUUCUGGGGCAUGACACUGGAAGAAGGUUUCAGAAAGCGCUUGGGCACACUACCUCCAUCUCAUUCCUUGCUGAAUAUGAAAGCAAUUCCAGGAAGCUCCCUUCUGGAAGAAAAAUUUCCUGAGUUUUUUGCAGCCACUUAUGCAUGGCCUGAUUGGAUUCAUGAUCCUUUGGACCAACGAAACUGUGGAGCAUCCUGGGCAUUUUCAACCGCAAGUGUUGCAGCAGAUAGAAUAACAAUUCAUUCUGAUGGCCAAAUCACAGACAACCUUUCUGUUCAGAACCUGAUCUCUUGCGAUACCAGGAAUCAACAUGGAUGUGGUGGUGGCAAUAUUGAAAGUGCUUGGAGAUAUUUGAAAACGCAUGGGGUCGUAUCCUAUGCCUGCUAUCCAUCAUUUUGGAAGCAUCAUCUGGAUUCACCAAGUGAAAAUCACUGUUAUGUGUCCAGUGAAUAUGGAAAAAAUCAUACAAAUGGGCCCUGUCCCAAUGCUUUGGAAGAUUCCAAUCGGUUAUAUCGCUGUGGCUCUCACUACAGGGUCUCCUCAAAAGAAACUGAUAUAAUGGAAGAAAUCAUGGCCAAAGGACCUGUGCAAGAACAUCCUGAAAGUGAUCUUCAGCUACUGAAAAUGAUUUUCAUUUUCCUUCACUUGUCAUUCCUCAAGAUCUUACAAACUAUUAUGAAAGUCUAUGAGGAUUUUUUCCUUUACAAAGAAGGAAUCUAUAGACACUCCUACAAAGAGGGAUCCAAAUGGAAAACUCACUCAGUGAAACUCCUUGGCAUUGAGCCCAUGAUUGGCAGUGUCUGGAAAACAAACAGCAAUAUGACUUGCCACAGUGGAAUUUUACCUCUAACCUGUGGUCAUACAACCAGUGGAAUUUGAAGGAAAUUGAAACAGCAAAUAUCAACAGGCAGAGCAUGUGUCUGGAUGAGGAGGCAGUUACACGCUGUAGGAUAUCUUUCCUGCAAAAUCUCUGUCAAGGAGAAGGACAUUGAGGUCCUGGGCUUAAAUGAGGCUGGAAAGAUCCCUGGUUUCUCAGUUCAGACACAGUCAUGGUACUACAGUGAAAAACUGUGAGCUUAUCCUGCUCAGUGUCUCUUCAUAUCAACUGUUACUCUGAAAGAUUUGGAAGCUGGGGUUUUAAAUUUGACUUUUUUGCUUUUUUGUUUUCCCCUUUGAGUAGAAGUACAGCUAUUCCACACAGAUCAUUGCUGUUAACCCAGGGGAAUUGAUGCUGCUGUGGAUGUUUUUUACAAAGAUGAUUUGAAACUCCAGAUUUCCCCAUCCACAUCAUAGGAUUUCUUGUUGUAUUUUUGCUAAUUGUCUUUCAAAAUGAUUGGAGCACCAUAAAUGCACCAAAUUAUUUGACUUUGGUCAUAUACUAGUAAGGAUUCUGGUGUGAUAAUUUCGUACAUUUUAUGAUUAAUUUAUACUGUGAAAAAAAAAAACUGUAAUAGAUGUUAAUGUCUUUGGUUUUCUUUUUAUUUGUGCCCUUUAGCAGGCACCAGCAUCAUGGCCUAUGAACAGCAACUAAACAAGUAUUCACCUUAAAAUUAAAGAAAAGCCAGCAGGGUUCCUUAGGCAGUCAGUAGAUGUGCAAACAUACGCAUGCACCUAAGGCAUGCAAUGUAGCAUUCACUGAUCGAACUACACGAUGGCCUUGGACCUUCUGCUACCAAAUCUCCAUGCAAAAUGAAGUUUAUCAUCUCAGAGCACUGAGCAAUUCAGCUCCAACUACAAAACAUCUGUCACUCAGAGGAGGGGACAGGCUUUGUGUGGUUUCAUGGAUAUUGCCACAACAUUUAGCGUGUCCUGAAAGAUGUUAGAGAAAUAUCAGGUUUACAUGUCAUUUCCCUCACUGUGCAGAAAACCAAAUUAGUUUGUCAGCAAUUCAAUCUGAGCUGAGAGCAGCCGGUCCCAGUUUACCAGCUAUAUUUGUAAAGGUGUUAGAUGAGAUCUUUAACAAAAAAGUUUCUGUGGUUCUUAAGCUGAAUUGAAAUGUGUUCACAUUAAUUUAAAUACUCCUACACAGUUGCGUUAGUUCAGCUGGCAAACUCUCCAGAGGAGAGAUUCUGUCAGUGAAAACAUUAGAUCAUUGCAAUGAGACACUAUAGGCACACUUGUGCUCAGAAGUUUUUCUAGUCCCUGCUAGCAAUUUGACUUGUGGCUAGGAGGACAAAUACCUUCAUUUUCAUUAGUGGAGGCGUCGCUUGGUCAAGCUGUUUCAUCCCUGGUACUAGGACAACUAUCAUUAGCUUUUCUAUUCUGGUUGCUUGUUUAAAGCUGCAAAAUAUGAUCAAAUGCAUUAGAAGCCUCAUUUGUACCAUCUCUUG